UCCAGCCACAAAAGAUAUACAUUAUAUUAUCAUCAACACUUAGCAACCACUCUCCUCAAUCACAAAAUUCUCUCCACCCCAUUUUCUUCUAAGUACCAUUGAUUAAUUCUCAAAGAUAUCAAAAUGACUUCAUUGUUCAUGUCAUUUACUCCAACAACUACUAGAACUAGAGUUUUUGCACCAACUGCAACAAAGGGUACUACAAGUGCACCCAUCAAAGAAGAGAAAGGCUUUCUUGAUUGGAUUCUUGGAGGAAUGCAGAAGGAAGACCAGUUUUUUGAGACUGAUCCUAUCCUCAAGAAGGUGGAGGAGAAGAGUGCAGGAACAACUAGCAACGGUCGCAAGAACACCGUGGUUGUGCCACCACAAAAGAAGAAGGGUGGAGGCUUUGGUGGCUUGUUUGCCAAGUGAAGCAAUUAAUUUGCCUUCAAUUUUUUUUCACAUGUUAUGAAUGUAUGCAUUGUUGUAUUUUCCACUUGGCUUUCAACAUCUUGACCUUAUGAAUAUAUAUUAUGUUAUUAAUAAUUAUGCUUGAUGUUGGUUGAUAUUGUAUUUACAUUUUACAGAAAGAAAAAAAAAAUCUAUUCAUUUUGGAUCAGUUACCAA